GCGUCAGCGUCACAGGUCACAGUCGUUUGUUUAUUUAUGUUUUCGUCGUCGGAUCAAUCGGAUUCGUGUUUCAGCUGUUACAAAUUCAAGUAAUUUUGAGUUGAAGUUUUAAAAAUGGUUAACAGUUGCGUUCUCAAAUGUGGAACGCACAGAUUCGGCGAUAAUAUCGGUUUUUACUCCAUACCAACGGUGCAUAAAAGAACCGACGAAAAAUCGCGUAGGUUGAUGCUGCACAGGAGAUCGAUCUGGUUGAAAGUUUUGAACCUCAGGAAUCCACCUCUGCAUAGUCGUGUAUGCGGCCGACACUUCGUUUCUGGCAAACCUGCAUCUUUUUAUGAGGUUCACUCAGUGGACUGGAUACCGAGCCUUCAUCUUCCCGAAAAUCACUCAAGCCAGUCGGAUGUACCGGACCCGAAAAUACCUAGGUAUGAGGAGGAGCAAAAUGAUGUUCAUGAGGGUAGUCCGGUUGCAUCGUCAUCGUCGGCAAGCAGCGCUACUGUCCCUACGCUCUGGAAUCCACUUGACCGUGUACCGCAGGAUCAGGAUACCGUUCAUCAAAGUUAUCCCAAUUACGUAAACGAACCGACGAAUUCCGGAUACCCCUUGGAAAUGGCCUCUGUUCCGUCUAUCGACGAUGGUUGUCGACUUUGUUUGAAUCCAUUUGUGGAAAGUCAUAGUACAAUCGAAAGUCCUAUGCUGAGGGAACAGAUGGAGAAGGUUUUCAAUUUUCCGGUCGAGUUCAAAGCCGGAUUGAGUUCCAGCGUUUGUGAAAACUGCGCGGACACUAUCACUGAGUUCUUCCGAUAUUCGGAAAAAGUGCGCGAAAAUCAGGAAGUAUUGAACGCCGAACACUCCAAUUUCGAAACAAAAUCUGGCGCAUAUCGACCGUCGUGUAUGUCGUGGGACACCCAGAUUAAGACCGAAAGCAAUGAUUCGCGUGAAUCUAGUCCAAAAAUGUAUUCAACUGAUAUGCCGAUGGAUAGUCAGCUGAAACAGGAACAAUUUAUUGCGGAACCAUCCGUGAAAAAGCAUGUGAGCACUCAAACAGGGGAUGAAUCGAAUGAAACGCCAAAAGAAGUGCUUCCAGUAUUCAAGGAAGAUGCACUAGAUACAUAUCUGAGACACUAUUUCGCACUGACUUGCGAUCUUUGUGAUGCCAGUGUUGAUAACUUUACACAUUUACGCAGCCAUUUCCAAAAUGAACACCAGCGUAAAAACGCAUAUAUAAAAUGCUGCGGCAUUGUUUUCCACGAGAAAAGUCGCCUCGUAGAUCACCUGCGCCAUCAGACUCACUACGUAUGUCCACAGUGUAAAAAGCAAUUCAAAUACAAAGCAGCUUUAACAGCGCAUCAGAGGAACAUCCACUGCAAUCAGCAGCCUACACAGCAUACCAUCAACUGUAACCAGUGCAUCAGUCAUUUUUCGAACGAAGAAAAUUUAAAUUCGCAUAUUGACGAGGUGCACAAGAACAACGGAAAACGAAAGUGUACAAUCUGCAACCAGUUGGUACAUCUUGCAUUAUAUCAACAACAUAUAGACGAAGUCCACAGAACCGAGGAAGAUGAUACAGGUGUGCACAAAUGUGGUAGCUGUACGCGAUUUUUCAAGCGUAAGUCUUUCCUCGAGGCACACAUGAAACGCUAUCAUUACGGAUAUCGUAGUUGCAACAAGCAUUUUGAUGUCCUAUUGGUACUAAACAAACACUUAGCUACAGCACAUAACGUUGGUUUUUUCUGCCACUAUUGCGACAAGUAUUUCAAUUCCAAAAUCCUUUACGAACUACAUGUGAAGGUACACCGAGGGGACGAAGCACCACAAAUUCUGGGCUCAUAAUCUGCGGAACACCAUUGAUUUGGAAGUACAGGGUGCAGCGACGAUGGGAUGCCCGAAAGAAUGCGGCGUUACACUGGAUAGGAAUCACCGCGCUCGAGGAAUGCAACGCUCUACCAGUUUGAUGAAAGAGAAAUUCAAGACUAGGUAUAUUGUUGCCACGCAAUGUAAUAAUGUUCAAGUUUUAGUGUUUAGUGUGUUU